UCUUCCACGCGUAGAAGUAUCGCCGGCCGCCCUUCAAACAACGGGAGCGCCAAAGUUUUCUUUUUCCUUUCUUAUUCCUUAAUUUAGAAGCCUUGGCCCCAUUUUCUUCCGCGUUUAGAUUUCGCCCUUUUCUUAUCUCUUCGUGUUAAUCGAGGGAUUUUUGAUCGGGGAAUUGGGAUCUUCGACUCGAGAUCUCGCUGGGGUUUCUUCUUGAUUGCUUGAUUGCGGUCUUUCUUCGGUUUUUAGUUUGGGAUUUGAGGGAUUUUUCUUGGAGUUAGGACUUUCGGAGAUGGGUUCGAAGGAUGAGAAGCCGGCGGCCGGCGGUGGGUUCUUCUCGGCGAUCACGGCGAGUGUAAGGGGUUGGGGGAGCGCGGUGCACAAAUCUGUUAAUGGAUUAUUGGGCUAUGAAGGACUUGAAGUUACAAACCCAGAAGGGGGCACAGAUGAUGCAGAGGCUGAAGCUCAAAGAGGAAGAUGGAAGCAGGAGGAUCGGGAUAGCUAUUGGAAGAUGAUGCAAAAGUAUAUCGGAUCAGAUGUUACAUCAAUGGUGACACUUCCAGUCAUCAUUUUUGAGCCAAUGACAAUGCUUCAGAAAAUGGCAGAGAUAAUGGAGUACUCAUACCUGUUAGAUAUGGCAGAUGAAUGUGAAGAUCCUUACAUGCGGCUGGUCUAUACUUCUUCAUGGGCGAUAUCUGUCUACUAUGCUUAUCAGCGAACAUGGAAGCCUUUUAAUCCAAUCCUCGGGGAGACAUAUGAAAUGGUCAAUCAUGGCGGUAUUACAUUCAUUGCAGAGCAGGUGAGUCAUCAUCCUCCAAUGGGCGCGGCACAUGCUGAGAAUGAGCACUUCAUUUAUGAUAUUACUUCCAAAUUAAGAACUAAGUUCUUAGGAAACUCCAUAGAAAUAUAUCCUGUUGGAAGGACAAGGUUGACGCUUAAGAAGUCUGGUGUGGUCUUUGAUUUGGUGCCCCCUCCCACCAAGGUUAAUAACCUUAUCUUUGGGCGCACCUGGAUUGACUCAUUUGGGGAAAUGGUUAUGACAAACUUGACAACUGGAGACAAAGUUGUGCUAUAUUUUCAACCAUGUGGCUGGUUUGGGGCUGGUCGAUAUGAAGUGGAUGGAUAUGUAUAUGAUGCAGCAGAAGAACCUAAGAUAUUAAUGACUGGGAAAUGGAACGAGUCAUUGAGUUGCCAACCUUGUGAUCAAGAAGGAGAGCCCCUGCCAGGCACUGAACUGAAAGAGGUCUGGAGGGUUGCUGCCACACCGGAAAAUGACAAAUACCAAUACACAUACUUUGCCCAUAAAAUAAACAGCUUUGACACAGCACCUAAGAAGUUAUUAGCAUCAGAUUCCCGGUUGCGGCCUGAUAGAUAUGCACUUGAGAAAGGUGAUAUGUCUAAAUCUGGUGCAGAAAAGAGCAGUCUGGAGGAGAGGCAGAGAGCAGAAAAAAGAAAUAGAGAAGCAAAUGGGCACCAAUUCACUCCAAGAUGGUUCAACUCGACUGAUGAAAUUACUCCAACACCUUGGGGAGACGUGGAAGUAUACGAGUACAAUGGUAAAUACACUGAACAUAGGGCCAUCAUUGAUGACUCAGAUUCCAUUGAGGAGGUUGACAUCAAAUCAAUUGAAUUUAAUCCAUGGCAGUAUGGUAAUAUAUCUGCCGAAUGAAAUAUCGGAUUUGUAUGCUAGGUCCCCAUUUCUUUCAUUUACAAAUGCAUUGGAGCUAUAUAUUGUUCUGUAUUUUGGUUAGUGCCCUGAUGAUUUGAAUUAGUAUGGCUAUUUGGUUUGAGGUUGUGUACACUUUCAUAUAUCUGUCUAUUAGUUAUUCUUAGAAGCUUGCAUUACAUUGUGAGAUUUCUUCUCCUUUUUAACUGGUUUUUAUUGUAUCAUGUUUGCAUUUCUUUCCUGAAACUGAAUCGUAUUGGAGCACCAAA